UGUAUUAAAAUUUGAUUUAUUUUAAUAAUUAAAUUAUUAAACAGUUUUUGAAGAGAAAAUGGGUUGUGGUAAGAGUCUCACUACUUACGAGAAAGGGUUUAUUGGCGGAAAGGUUGUUGAAGGAGUUGGAAUGAGACAAAUUGCCAAAGACCUUGGAAGAUCACUGUGCGUUGUACAAAAUUAUUUGAAGGAUCGAGAAAAUUAUGGAAAAAAAAGAGUCCUGGUCGAAAAAAAGUACUUUCCGCGACCACAGUGCGCUCCAUUGGACGAAUUGCCUCAAAUUCUACUAUAAGUGCAGCAAAAAUUAAGGCAGAGCUUAAGCUUACUGCAUCCAAGAGGACAGUACUCAGAGCCAUCAACGGAAA